AUCUGACAACUUGAUUAGAAGUCACCUAAAGAUGGCUGAAAUGGAUGUCCUAUACACUCUGCUUGAAGUCUGUGAUGUUUGUGGCAAUCAGCACCCUACCGAGGCCUGUCCAGAGCUUGGGCUCAAUACAACAACACUGAUUGAGCAGACAAAAUCAAGGGCACGUCUAACCUUACCUGCUUUCCUGUUUGAACUGGACAUAGCUGGAGAAGUAGGGGUGUUCACUCGAGACUCUGUCCUAGUCAAGAAGACCCAGUUUGGACCAUUUGAAGCUAAGAAAACAACACAUGAAUUCAGUGAUGAUGGUGUUUUUAUACUAAAGGUAACAACAAAGGAUGGCACUUGUAUCAGUCUUGACACUACUAAUGAGAAUGACUGUAAUUGGAUGUGCUUAAUCCGUGCUGCACUCACGUCCGAGGAACAGAACUGUAUCGCGUAUCAAAUGGGGACAAAUCUCUACUAUAGUACUACUAAAGAUAUACCUCCUGGAACAGAACUACGGGUAUGGUACGCACCGGCCUAUGCCCGUCGAGUUGGGAAGCCGGAGCUACCUGAUGGUGUCAGUAAAGUUAUGCUGGGAAUGAAAGUGAUAUAUCCCUCAGUAGAGCACCUGCCUGAUAGUCUACAACCUGACCCUCACACUGAUGAAAAUGUAGAAGAAGAAUCAGAGGUUGAUCCAAUUCCUACUGGAAAGGUAACACCUACAUUCUCUUGUAAACGCUGUGGCGAUGGUUUUCAAACAGAAUCAGAUCUUGCUCUGCACCUUCGGCAUCACAUCAUACCAAACUAUUCCCCACUGAUGAAUGGAAAACAGCGUAAAAAACUAAAAACUAAAGGUCAAACAUCAAAAAAAAGAGGAAGAAAACCGAAAGCAAUGUUAGUAGCAGCUAAGAGAAUGAAAUUGGAAUCCCCAGCAAAGUAUGAGAGUGAGGAAGAAUCAGACACAGUUGAAGGUAAAGAAUCAGUGAAGGAUGAAGGAGAAAAAGAGGAGAACAGUGACGAAGAAUUUACACCUGUUGCAGUUUCUACCUCAAGCAUUCCAGAUGGAGGCCGACGCAUUCAACCAAGACGAAGUCUAAAGGGUGUUCGUACAUCAGGCUUUGAAGCUGAUAAGAACUUUGUAUACGUCAAGAUAAAGACUGAGAAACCUGAUGAUGGUUAUGGUGUGUCAUUCUCUAAAAGUAAAAACUUGCAGGGGAAAGAUGUUACUGAUGAUGUCCCUUCCUGUGAAACACCUGUCUGCCAUAUAAAGGAGAAUGGUGUAGAGAAUGAGGAAGUCCAGACAACUGUUAAGCGAAAGAAAAGGGGCCGUCCUCAAAAGGUCAAAAUUACAGAAAGCUCAGAGGUUGAAAACUCUGUUAGAUCACCUUUAAAACAUCGCGAGAAUUCUGUCAGCUGUGAUGAUCAUUCUGCCUCAAAAACAGACUUAACAGAAGGGAGGAAAAUGUUUAAAGGAGAAAUGGUUGAUGAUAACAAGGACGUAAGAGCAGAAACUGAUAAAACCAGUGUCAAUGAAAAUAACAGCAUAAAAUCAGAAGAACAUAAGAGAUGUGACAAAAACGAAAAAGACGAAGACUGCAAUUUACCUGCAAAGGUUGCCGAUGGAAGAAAUAACCAUAAGUCUCAAAAAGAUUCAACAGAGAGUAAUGAGAACGAGGCAUGUAAGGGUAGUUCAGUAGAACAAACUGAUUCAACUGACCAGGAAAUAGAGUGUGGGAAUCAUAAGAAUGAUGGUCUGUCACCUGAGGACAGUGACUUGUUAGCAUAUAAUAAAACCAUUAGAAAUAGCAGUAUUUCUGAUAACCAAACAAACGAUAAAACAGUGGUGGUAAAAUUUUCGUCGAAUUUGAAUGAACCGAUGGAAGAAAAUGUCGAUCAAGCAAGAUCUAAUGUUGAUUUGGUACCCAACCAGGCAGAAAGUAACACAACCGCAAACAACCCUGACAGAAUACACAUGCCAAGUGUUGAAUCCAUUGCAAAUAUAACUGUCGACGAUGAUCUCCAGAACAUACUGGACGAGUUGGACAAGACUAACGCUAAUAUGCAAGGAAAUACUCCAUCAUUGGAUAAGGAAGAAGAUAUGUCCGAGGAAAAGAAUCCAGCCAGAAGUGAACUGGAGGAAACGGUACAUCAAGAAAAGGAAGCAGCAGACAAGGAUACACAAACUCCUGUAAUUAAUGAUGCUAAUAAUAAUGAUGAUGAUAAUGAUGAUGAUGAUGAUGAUGAUGACGAUGAUGAAGAUGCUGAUGAGAAAUCUGUUGAUAAAGAUGAAGAAAGCAACAGAUUAAUUGAAACUGGUAAUUACUCAGAAGGAGAGGAGAAUGAUAAGGCCACUAUGCCCUUCCAUGACUAUGUGGCGAAGCUGGUGGGGAAAAGUGACGAGUUGCAGGAGGAUUCAGCUGAAUUUGUAAAUGAUAUAACUGCAAAGCAGUUGUUGCAUGAUAAAACUGCUGUGGAGGUUGAUAGCAAAGAAGAUUUUUUGAAGUAUAUGAGGAUUGAAGAAACCUCAGAGGGAAAGCAUUUCAUCUGUAGUCUUUGUGACAAAAAGUUUUUACACGAGAAGUAUCUUCGUCUCCACUUUCCAGUACACACAGGAAAGUUUAAGUGUAAAAAGUGUGGAGCCAAAUUCUGUAGAAAUGACUCAUUGAAGCGUCACCAAUGUACGAAUGCUUCAAAGGGAACAAGGCUACCAAAAGGGUCUGUACAAUCCAGUUCUUCAUCUCUGUCAACAUGUGACAUAUGUGGCCAGCAGUUCUCCAAUCAGAAGUACUUGUUCAGACACAUGGCCAUACAUACAAAUAUAUUCCAGUGCUUGACGUGUCAGAAGUCGUUUUCCCGAAAGGAUUCACUUCAAAGACAUAUUCUGAAAUGUUGUCCAGAGGACGCAGAACAAUACUCAGUUUUCAUUUGUGGGAAAUGUCAGAAAACCUUUGCCACUAAGCUUGGUUGUGAAAACCACGAGACCCACUGUAGGCAGAAGAUGUGUAAACAAUGUCACAGCGUGUUUGCUUCAGAGAAUUUAUUCUUAGCUCACAAGUGUCAUUCUAAAACUGAACCAAGUCGAGGUGGUGGCGUCAAAUACAACUGUAGUCAGUGUCCAAAAUCUUUCAGCAACCUCAACUACCUAAAACAACACUUGCAGAUCCAUGAAGGCGGUUAUAUCUGUCAGCUGUGUGGACGGAAGUUAAAGACUAAAGAAGAAAAGGAGGAGCAUGAGAAAAUGUGCAUGGCAUUAUCCAUGAUACAGAAUGAGGGCAAAACCAAAUGCACAUCAUGUGACCUCCAGUUCACUGAUGCUAGACUGUACAGGGAGCAUUAUCAUUCCCAUACUCAUCCGCACCAGUGCUCGAAAUGUCAGAAACGCUUUGUUAAAAUAGGCAGCCUUCACAGUCAUGUGUGUAUGGUCGAAGAAGAGAAAAGCUUCCUCUUUUCAUGUACCGUUUGUAAUAAAGAUUUCCGCACCUCGCGCUUGUUGCUGCGUCACAAGGAAAUUCACCAGGAACAUAAAUAUCAGUGUCAGCACUGCGAUAAAAAGUUCUACCGAAGGGACUACUAUUUGAAACAUGUCUGUAAGGAUGCAGAUGGUAUUGAUAUGGUAGUGGAUAGGAAUUUUGAAAUUCGAGCCCAGCAGGAUAAACUUGUGUGUCACAUUUGUGGUAAAAACUUUGUUAGUUCAAGCAAUCUGAACAAGCACAUGAAAGUGCAUGGAGAAAAAACAUGUGUUUGUCACAUAUGUAAUAAACGGUUUCACUAUGCAGAGUACCUCCGUGUUCAUCUUGAGGGGUUCCACAACAAGAAACACCAGUACCAGUGUGCAGAAUGUGGGAAAAUCUUGACAUCAAAACCUGGUCUCACCUCUCAUGUUAAACAGUUUCAUUCGGACGAGAAAGAAGCAUAUCCUUGUCCUACAUGCGGCAAGGUGUUCAGCCAGAAAGGCAACAUGAAAACACAUAUGUACUCGCACACAAAGGAACGAGGUUUUCAGUGUACCUAUUGUACGAAAGCUUUCAAAUAUCCAGAUCAGCUGAACAGACACAAGCUUAUUCACACGAUGCAGAAUAAGCUUCAAUGUGAUCAUUGUGAGAAGAAAUUCACUAAACUAUAUGAUCUGAAGAAACACUUCGAACUUUUCCACAGUGGUAUGAUGUACGUGUGUGAUGUGUGUGGGGCACGAACAGGACACAGACACACCAUGGUAAGACACUAUAAAAGAAAGCACCCAGAGAUGGCUGAACAGGCAAAAGAACCAUCCUACCUUAACUCACUGUUUAAACAUGUAGAUAAAGAAGAACCAGAAGUUCCCAAUGAAGAAAUUAUAGAAGACCAGUUAAAUUCUGAGGUGUUGCCAGUGAAUAAUGUUUCAAAUUUGAUUUGUGGCGAGGAAUUUGUACCACAAUCGGCUGCAGAGGUAUUACACAGCCUGUCGAACACAAACGUUGCUGGCGAUCAACCUAUAAUUGUUGCUGAUGGCACUACUGUUAUUCAGAACCCUGACGGUACCAUAUCUAUGCCAGGUCAGGAAGGCACUUUCAGUAUACAAAACAUCCAACAAGCUGUAGAGGGUCCGGACGGUCAGUCAACAGUGGUCAUAUUACAAUUCGUUGGUCAGCAGGACAGUGAUGGCGUCACUCAACAUCAGGAGGUACAGGUACAGGAAGUGGACACCCAAAUCAUCACAGCUGGAACAGUACAGGAUACAGGGGAGGAAGUAGAGACAUACAUACAUUCUUAUGUUGUAAGUGAUCAGUUACAAGAGGCUGUUCAAUAACGUGUUGGCUGCACACAAGGGAUGAGAUGUGAACAGAGAGUCAUAACACUUCAAAGUGGCCAAGAUCUCUAGUUAUAGAUAGAAUCUGGAUUGUUUUCUGACCUUGUUUAAUUCUGUAUGAAAUCAUUUCUAAUGUUUUCCUUACUCUUCUUCCCUGUUUUUAUCUUAGAAAAAGUAAUUUUACGUUUGUGUCAUUUGAAAUUCACAAAGUUUCAAAAUGCAAUAAGUCAAUUUCAAACCCAUUUUCAUUUGUUUAACAAAACUAUGGUCACUGAAAGAACAGUGUGAUGAAAUAAGAUUAUUGUACUGUACUUUCAGGCAUUUAUGACUGGUAGUUCAAACUGAUACAGUCAAGUUGGUGAACUACAGUGGUAUUGCAUGCCUUCAAUCUUUAUAUAUAAGAAAAAGUUUUAUGUGCUUAUUUGAAAUUUGUCACAGAAAGAAUGUUGAUUGUUGAUUAAUGAAACACACUUCACACGAAAAUUUAUAUGUGGUUCUGAAAGGAUAUAAGCAAGUAUAAUGAAUACUUCUUCAUAAUCCAAAAAUGUGUGUAAAAAAGAGAUUUCCAUACAACCAGGAUUCUGUUUGUGAUAAAAUUUAAUUUAUUGUAAAAUCAAAACCAUGAGAAUUGAGACUCAUGAAAAUAUAUGAUUUUACAGUAAGUGUUUUUUUUUUUUAUAUUUAUGAUUUUAACAUAAGUUAUUUACAAUUGAUAUCACUGUGAUGAUAUACUCUAUUAUUCAUUUGGUAUUGCUGUUUUUUGUGCAGGAGUUGAUUUUGCAGUUAAAUAAAAAAAAAAUCAAAGAUUUGACUCCGUUCACCGGAAAA